AACACAACACAAACACCACACUCAGUCAGAGGCCACGUGAUCAGGUUUACUACAUUAAAAUCCACCGCUGAUGCACCAAGAAAACAACAAGCUGUGGUUUUUGUUGUGGUUUAACUAUUCCUUCAAAAGUUGAAAUGACUUUGGUCGAAGUUGUUUAAUCACUGACAGCUGACAAGUCUCCAUUAUACUGUCACUUCCUGGUGUUAUGGCACAGAGCGACCACUGGAUGGAUCACAGCACAAAGGAACAACCAGCAUGGAGUCACUGUACUGUUAACCAAACACUGACACACCUUGAUGAUGCCUUAUUAGAAUCGCCCAGGAAGUUGUUUGAGCUGCCAGUAGUAUUGAGUAUUCUUAUGCCGGGUUCACACUACACAACAGUUUUGUCUGUUCCAACAGUCAUUAUGUCACAUUAGGUGACUGUGGAGUCAUAAAGUCGUGCCGUGACUUGGCUGACAGACAUGACAGACUACAUGUUGGUCCACGACCAAUCAUACCUGGGCGUCUUUCAUGCUGUGUGAUGUCAUCGGAUUAUUCUUGUCCUAUCUUUAUUAUUAUUGGUAUUAUAUCAGUCACUGUGUCUGUUCAUGUCUCAGCUGAAAUGUUACUGUAGCAAGGUAAAAAGCGUCACCAGAUGGGCGGAGCUACAUUUGAAGUAGCGCACUAAAUCUUCCACAGGAAGUUCCUGCAAAUGUUUCACAAUAAAAGCCUUUUUUAGAAAAUGAAGGGAUUCUCUCAGCUGAGACUAUGAGUGUCGUACACAAUAAUCCAUUGCUUUAUCUUGUGUAGUGUGUCAUAGUAGACGACGUCCCCACAGAACGUCUAGCAUGUUUGAUUUUCUUCUCCUGUCACAGCCGUCACUUUGACCAAUAGGAACACAGAGCGAUCUGUUGCCAUGGAAACUGUAGGACAACAACAGCCCAGCCUUUUAGAUAUUUCCUGUAGGGACGUUAGCACACAGAGUAAAAAGGAAACAGCAGAGGCACUUUAUCAACCCGCUGAGUACUGCCAUUAGCAUCAAACUAGCAAACAAUGUUCUUUCUUCAUAAUGGAGGAUAUAAAGGAUCAAAUAAAACAAUAGUGGCAGAGUUGAGACACCGUACGACACCACAUUGGGCUAUAAUCGGGCUGAUAUCAUGUAGUCUGAACCCGGCAUUACUCUUCCGCUUUUCACAUUGUGCCUACACUGCUCAGUGCUUCCACUAAAAAACAUGUAACUAGAUCACAGGUUAGCUUCUAUUCAUGCUAUGUCAAGGAAAAAAUGUGUUUAAAAUCAGGUCUAAAUAUGAGGAAGAACAAACCUCACCAUCAGAGCUGCAGUCAGAGGUGGAGCGAGACUGGAAAGACAACAUUUCUGCAUCACCUUCCUUAAACGUAUCUAAAGGUUUACAAGUGUCGCAGUAGAGUUCAGACAGUUGAGACGGACCUGUGUCUCUCAGAAAAAACAUUAAACUGCCGUGUUGUUGACAAAGACCUGAUGAAGUCAGAGUGUCUGCUGAACACUGCAGGAAGCCAUGAUGAAAGCCCUGGACCUUUUGAACGCUCUGGAGGAUCUGAAAGACGAUGAAUUUAAGACCUUCAAAUGGUACCUGCAGCGGCCUGACAUCCUGGAAGGCUACCAAGCCAUCAAAGUGUCCAAACUGGAGGAAGCAAAAAGAUGGGACACAGUGAAUGUGAUGGCGAGCAGCUAUACACUAGAUGGAGCUCUGAAGGUGACCAAGAAGGUCUUAGAGAAGAUCAACAGGAAUGAUCUGGUGCAGAGUCUGUCAGACACCAGCUCAGGACCACAAGAUAUGGCUGCUGCAAACACUCUGCCAUCUGAGGAUCAGAUCAGAGAGAGGACAGAGCAACAAGUGUCCACACCAGGAGAAGUUCCCUGUGACGUCUGCACUGGAACCAAACUGAAGGCCCUGAAGUCCUGCCUGGUGUGUCUGGUCUCCUACUGUGAGACUCACCUGGAGCCUCAUCUGACAAUGUCAGGCCUGAAAAGACAUCAGCUGAUCGACCCUGUGGAGAACCUGGAAGACAGGAUGUGUACGAAGCACGAUAAACCUCUGGAGCUGUUCUGUAAGACCGACCAGACAUGUGUCUGCACACUCUGCCAUGUUUUAGACCACAAGACACAUCAUGUUGUUCCUCUGAGGGAAGGAUAUGAAGAAAAGAUGGCCGAGCUGGAGGCUGAAAUUCAGCAGAUGAUCCAGAAGAGACAACUGAAGAUCCAGGAGAUCAAACACAAUGCUGACCUGAGUGAGGAAGAUGCAGACAGAGAGAUAGUAGAAGGUGUUCAAGCUUUUACCUUCAUGAAAGAGUCUGUUGAGAGAGGCCUGAAUGAGUUCAUGAAAAUUAUAGAAAAGAAGCAGAAAACGACACAGAAACAGGCUGAAGGCUUCAUCAAAGAGCUGGAACAGGAAAUCUCUGAGCUGAAGAAGAGAAGCACUGAGGUGAAGCAGCUCUCACACUCUGAAGACCACCUCCAUCUUCUCCAAAGCUUUCAGUCCCUGAAAGCUGCUCCACCCACCAAGGACUGGACAGAGAUUGACAUCUGUCCAUCACAUGUGGGGACUAUGAGGAGAGCUGUGUCUCAGCUGGAGGAGACAGUUAGUCAACAGAUGAAGAAGCUGCUUGCAGAUUUUGAGCUGAAGAGGGUCCAGCAGUAUGCAGUGGAUGUGACUCUUGAUCCUGAUACAGCAAAUCCAUAUCUCAUCCUGUCUGAUGAUGGGAAACAGGAAAGUCUUGGUGAUGUAGAAAAGAAUCUCCCAGACAACCCAGAGAGAUUUUCUCUCUUUUUUUGUGUUUUAGCAAAACAGAGUUUCUCUUCAGGCAGAUUUUACUUUGAGGUUCAAGUUAAAGGAAAGACUAAAUGGGAUUUAGGAGUGGCCAGAGAGUCGAGUUACAGAACGGGGGUAAUCCCUCUGAGGCCUCAGGAUGGUUACUGGACUAUGUGUCUAAUAAAUAGAAAUGAGUGUGAAGUUCUUGCUGGCCCUUCAGUCCGUCUCUCUCUGAAGUCUCAGCCUCAGAAGGUGGGGGUGUUUGUGGAUUAUGAGGAGGGUCUGAUCUCCUUUUAUGACGUAGAUGCUGCAGCUCUUAUCUACUCCAUUACUGGCUGCACCUUCACUGAGAAGCUCUUCCCAUUCUUCAGUCCCUGUAAUAAUGAUGGCGGUAAAAACUCUGCACCUCUGAUCAUCUCUCCUGUCAGAGUAAAAUAAUCACUUCUCUUACUUAAUGAAAUGAUUCAUUUUCAUUCAAAGGAACAAAAUGUAAAUAUUGAUUGUUAAUACCACAUAGUUUGUGUCUUAUUUUCUGUUUCAUUUACUGUGGUGAUUGAUUUUUUUGUUGUUAAUAUGGUGGGGUAUCCGCAAUGACUGCCUGAAUUGAUUCGAUUCUAAUUCACAAGGUUUCAAGAGAUUCUCAUAGUAGUCGAGCUGCACAUCGUACAAUGAAUUAUUUAAAAAAAAAAAAAAGAAUAAAUUCAGAACAGGUUUGAAAUGUAAUAUUUUAAAUAUAAAUAAAUGUCUAAAGCAGCAACAGUAAUGUUUGUUGUCAAUAUUAUGGUCUUUAAUAAUUCUGCUCCAGGGUCUGAUUAAUACCUGUAAGAUUAACAGGGUUAAGACUUAAUGGAUCUAGGGAAAAUGCAUAUACUAUUAAUAAUGCACAUGUAUAUUAGUGCUGGGCGGUAUGACCAAAAAUUUGUAUCAUGGUAUUUCUAAAGAUUCUAGCUGUUUCACGGUAUAACAGUAUUUUCCCCCUUUAUAUACUUUAUUAAUCCCAGAGGGGAAAUUCAGUUUUUUCACUCUUGUUGUCAAUUACACACAGGUCUGAACACACACUGAUAGUGGCUUAUUCUACUGUCAGGAGAUCAGAAUAUAAAAACAUUUUAAUAUCAUCCUAUCAGGACGGUCAGGAUUCUCUUAAAGCAACACUCACCUUUCUGGAAAUUUUACGCUUUUCUUUGUUUAGGUUAAAAUGCUAUCAAUAAGCUCAUGGCACACUAAAAUGUAAGUGAAUUCCACCAGAGAUAAAAACUCAUAAUUAUACCAUUCUCAUAUGGUUCUAAGAAAACUCCGACCAAUCACUGCAUUCGGACUGAAUAAUGUAACAUAGGCUGCAACAUUAUAUAUGACAACACAGCAUCCAGUUGCUAAUGGCUAACGUUAGCCUACUGUAGUGUAGCCUCUGAAACAUUAACGUUAUCUUCCUUGUUUGUUGCCAGUCACCAGUACUAUCUAAUGUUAGCGUUUACGUUAUAUUAUAAAACUCAUCAGUCAUCACUGACCCCGGAUAAGUUUCAAAACUCCGGGGUUGCAUGUGACUGUGCAGGACUGGUAACGUUAUGUUUAGUUUGCUUCUAAUAUAACAUAUAACGUUAUACAACAACACAGCAUCCAGUUGCUAAUGGCUAACGUUAGCCUAUUGUAGCGUAGCCUCUGAAACAUUAACGUUAUCUUCCUUGUGCAUUUUGACUUACUAGUAACGUUAAUGCUACUAUCUAACGUUAGCCUACUGUAGCGUAGCCUCUGAAACAUUAACGUUAUCUUCCUUGUGCGUUUCCACUUACUAGUAACGUUAACGCUACUAUCUAACGUUAGCCUACUGUAGCGUAGCUUCUGAAACAUUAACGUUAUCUUCCUUGUGCAUUUCCACUUACUAGUAACGUUAACACUACUAUCUAACGUUAGCCUAGUGUAGCGUAGCUUCUGAAACAUUAACGUUAUCUUCCUUGUGCAUUUCCACUUACUAGUAACAUUAACACUACUAUCUAACGUUAGCCUACUGUAGCGUAGCCUCUGAAACAUUAACGUUAUCUUCAUUGUGCGUUUCCGCUUACUAGUAACGUUAACGCUACUAUCUCACGUUAGCCUACUGUAGCGUAGCCUCUGAAACAUUAACGUUAUCUUCCAUGUGUGUUUCCGCUUACUAGUAACGUUAACGCUACUAUCUCACGUUAGCCUACUGUAGCGUAGCCUCUGAAACAUUAACGUUAUCUUCCUUGUGUGUUUCCGCUUACUAGUAACGUUAACGCUACUAUCUAAUGUUAGCCUACUGUAGCGUAGCCUCUGAAACAUCAACGUUAUCUUCCUUGUGUGUUUCCGCUUACUAGUAACGUUAACGCUACUAUCUAACGUUAGCCUACUGUAGCGUAGCCUCUGAAACAUUAACGUUAUCUUCCUUGUGUGUUUCCGCUUACUAGUAACGUUAACACUACUAUCUAACGUUAGCACUGUAACCUUAUUCUAAAACUCAUCAGUCAUCACUGACUCUGGUUGAGUUUUAAAACUCCAGGGUUGCGUUUGACUGUCUUGGUUGUAAUGUUAAAUUUGCUCUCCUCUUCCGUGUUUCUGACGUUACCUUGCCAACGCCCACGUCUAUCAUAGACGUAAUGGAGUAGGGGGGGAGUAGGCCUUUGGAGGGAGGUGGAGUUAUGGAUGUUCAAAUUUUUUCUGCUGCUCAGCUUUGGAGUUAAUUUUUUUCCAGUGGCCAUUCGCAGUAUUGCAGUGAAAAAAUCCCCUGGCCCAAACACCAUUUUCCCCAUAGACCACCAUUAUAACAGAGACGUCUGUAAAACUGUUGCAAAGACACCUCACACUGCAAACAAGCUCAAUUAUGUCUCUUUCUAUUUUGAAACUUUGAGCAAUGAUGGUUUAAUAUUUGUAAAACUUUCCUCAAGUCACAUUCAAGAAAUGGUCAAAUUAUCGUACAUUUGGCCUUUUUUGGGAUUAUUGAUCGCAAAUCGUACAGAGGGCCAAAUUAUCGUACAAAUACGAUAAUUAUCGUACACCUGGCAACGCUGGUUUGCUCUGACUGCAGCUCUUCUCACGAUGAGAACAUUUGUGUAUCAGCUGUGCGCUGGUAUGGUCAUACAUGAAAAACUGACAUCUUAUGGGAAAUUACAACAGAUAGAGCACUACCUGUAGACCUCGAAUUUCAUGAAUCAAUAUUGGAUCAUUCAAAUGAAGAUCAAUAAGAAUCGGCUGAAUCCAUCACUUCUUGAUUUAUUUCUGUUCAAGGGAAUGUACAUAUUUAGUGUGAAUACUGUUUUAGUUUACGUCUUAUUUUCUGCAGCAUUUGUUUAACACGGUGACUAAUUGACACUUAAUUGUUAAGAAUUUUUAUUAUGUUUCCCAUUAUAGUCAACAUAUGACCUUGAUUCAAACCCCUUCACUUAAGAAGAAAUCGCUGUUUCUAAAGACACCAAAUACGUCACAAAUUUGUAGAAAAAGCUCCAAAAUAACAUUUUAAAGUGCAGAAACACAAAACAUAUUGCUGAAUAUUACAUUAUGUCAUGAAGCUUCACAUAAAAAAGUUAAUGGUAUGUACGAAAAAGGGUUUGGCCAAUUACUGGUCUCUCAAAGUCACAGAAAUGUUAAAAAAAUAAACUCGCUGUUGAACACAAGGCCUGAGUAAACAGUUACUUGAGCACCAAACACUGACCAGAAAAGCCUGGAUUACACAUAAAUUGUAUUUCAUGACAAACACAUUCUGUGUUUUGUUAAAAAUAAUUAACCCAUCACAAACUGGAGACUCAAGACCAGCGUGUUCAGAGGCACAUUGGUCCGCUGCCCACUGUGAUAAGGACCAAACUGUUACUCUUCAAGUAGCCUCGUGUCACCGUUUCCUGAGUGACACCAUAAUCUCCGUCUGGCUGAAGCCCAGCUGGCAGGACAGUGAUGCUGACUGUGUUGUUGUGUAACAGCUUUGUGAAUGAGUGUGUGUUGCUGGUCUGCUGAGGUGCCCUUGGGCAGGGAUAGUACAUUGUGCCAGAGUGCAACUGUGAGUAUGGCCUGAGGCUCUGUUUGUAAUCAACACACCCACCCUGGAUAAACAGGAUUACAAUAUGUCACACCAGUCUGCAUUUAAAUAUCCGUUGAUUUAACAGUAACUUGUCACCGUCAACAAGGUGCAUACCAGACAGAAUAUGACAUUAGGUGUUUUUAGUAUCUCUUAUAAAUCAUUUUACUAAAAUUACAUAUCCACUGUAGCAGUUUUACUUUUUCUUUCAGUGUUUGAAUAAAACACACUAUGGACAGCAGCACCAGGGCUGGAGAUCAGCACCUGCCUAAUGCGGGUGAGUUUGGUCAGUAGAUUUCAUUAACCUACCCGUCCUGGUGUCAGGUAAAAAAUUUAACUAAUGAUCCAAUUGUUCCAUAAAAAAGUCGACUCAAUCACGGAGCGCUCUGCCUAAGUAGUUGAGUGUGUCCUCACUGCAUCUUCUCGACCAAUGUGAUGGAGGUGUUUCUUCUUCAUCUUCUUGUUUGUGUUUACUGACGGACCGCAAACUAACCAACCAACUGCCGUAACAGAAGACGAAAAAGAAGAUUCACAAAGCUGAGUAGCAUUAGCAUGUUAAUGUUAACAUGGGUGUGUUUGUUAGUCUAAUGUGACGUGGUAUUUUAAGGACAAUGGGGCCACUUAAGGUCGUUUAAACGUCUUAUUUCAGAUCCUGUUCUGAGUGUUAACGCUUUGAACUAAACAUUUACACCAUGUUUAUUUUAAACAUCAUAACAGCUUGAACACCGUGCAUUCAGUGGUCAAUACAUUCAGGUUGUGUAUCGGGCGAUAAGUAAAGACCGGAAAUAACAAAAAAAUAAUGAGACAAGUACAAACUUCAGAAUCAGCGAUGCAAUCCUACAAAACCAGACACACAAAAACACACACAUGAACACACACAGGGGUUUACUUAAUUAGAUAUAAAGUAAAGUAAAGAUUUACAUCAUUUAAUAGUUUUGGUUACUUUUUAAUUUCAUAUGUAUAAGUCUAAUAUUGUUUUAAGAUAUGAAUUUAGAUCUCAUUUUUUGAAAGCAGGAUAAGAGGGCCAUUCCCUCUGACCCAUACCAUGUUCAACAUCCUGUAUUUCUACUUUUAGUGAUCACACAUCGCAAUUAUAGUUUAUUGUUUUGUAUGAUUUCCUUUCUGUUUUACUUGGUAUGUAUGAUAGUUCUUUGUUUGCUUAUUGAUUGUUUUACAUGUCUUUGUUCAUACUUGACAACACUGAAAAUGAGAGUCUCCUUCAGCUGAUUUCCCGAGUAGUUGAUGCUGUCUAUGUUCUGUGAUCAUUGGUUACACAACAUGUUGCCAAAUGACUGCAGUUGAAUAUCAGCCAGUCAUUUAUAGAUAUGCUGAUUAAUGUGUUUUGUCAUCAUAAAUAAAAUCAAUGAAAUGAGUCUUUAAUAAAAGUUUGAAUGGAUGAAAAGUUUAAACUGACCUGACAUAGCUGGGCUGACCUGUUGUGGAGCAUGUGGAUAGCCAAGAAGAAUGUGGCUUUCCUCUUUAAGUGGUGUUUUUUGGUUGGUGGACUAUAGGCCGAAUUGACCCGGAGACUUUCUGGACUGGUAUAUGAUCUUAAACUGCACUGUGAUUUAUGUUAAUUGCUCAUUUACUGAGAUGAAACAUUAAAAUGACUAUUAAUUGAACGGAGUUCGGCGUCAGAGCUUCAUCACGCGAGUCAAAGCUGGUUGUACCGGGACAACAGAGCCUUUAAAGUAAGCUAACACUGAGUUAGCCUUAACCUGCAGGCUGAACCGACCCGACCCGAAUCGAGCCACACCGGACCAGAUCCGGGGCCCGAGGCCCGAUGAAGGUGAGCAAGAGGAGGAAGAAGAGGU